GACAGAUAGUUGCACAAUAGAUGAUUUUUUCAUUACCAAUGUCUUUGUCACCUUUAACCUCGCCUGAUAAGCAAAUUGUUACACGGUUACAAGAAAGGUCCGACAAUACGCACACUCACGGUUCUUUUGUCUCUAACCUAGAUAUAAAUAUUGGGCAACCGUGUUAUCAAAUUAUUACUGCACAGUUUGUGGUGCGAUACACAUCUCAACAUGGUGAAGAUAGCUCUAGGAUUAUCGGCGAUAGUGGCGACUGCCACGGCGAUUCAAGUCGGGUUAGCUCCAGCAGCUACCGGUUACAUUUACAGAAGUGACAACGAUGGACCAGCAAGUCUCAUUCAGUUAGGAGCCCAUUCAUAUCAAGAACCAGCAUUUGCAGCACUACCUUUGGCAGAACCAUUAAAAGAAGCAUACGAAGCCUAUGCUUUAGGACCAGUGCCUCUACCUUACAUAGCCGCGAAACCUAUUGUUCUCGAAGACGCUGAAGAUGAUGACGACGAUGAUGAUUCAGAAGAACAUCACGAUGGUGGAGACUUAGGUGGUCUUCAUCACGGACACGGCUUUGAGAAAGGAGGUGGUAGUGACUAUGGUGAAAAACAUCAUUCGGAACACGGUGAAAAGGGAAGCAAAGGUUAUCAUACUAAAGGACAUCACGCUAAAGGUAAAGCUGGACAUUAUGGCGAGGAGCAUAAGGAAGGCUUCCACAGCGAAGGUGAAGGUGAAAAGAGCAGUCACCACGACGAAGCUGAUGCUUAUGGCAAACAUCACGAAGCAGGCGGAAGCUACAAAGGAGGUGAUCACGGACAUAAGAAGCACCACAGCAAGGGCGAAGAUAUUACUGGUUACCAUAAAGUGUUCCACAAGGAUGAAUUUAAGAAGGAUCAUGAUUUUUAUGACGUUGCUGAUAAAAGCGGUCAUUUUAAUAAGCAUGGUUAUGAGAAGGAGCAUCACGGGUCUGAAGCAGGUGCACACAAGAAGGGAGGUCAUCAUAACUCUGGUCAUGACAAAGGUGAAUUCGGCAAAGAAGGCUUCCACGCUAAAGGUCAUUCUGACGACGCUGACCAUGGUCAUUCUGCUGAAGAAGGUCAUGAAAGCCAUUACAACAAGGAGGGUGAUUAUGGCGAAAAGGGUGGAAGCGGCCAUGAAAAGGAAUACGUGUAUGCAGAUGACGAUGAUGAUGAUGACGACGACGAAAAAUAUUGAAAGAAUGACGACAACGAAAAACGACUUUUGUAAAUACUUAUUUUAAAGUUCUUAUGAUUUUGUUAUGUUUGAUAUACUUAUUAUGUGAUCAUUUUAGUACUUAUAAUAGUCUUUUUUAUUACCACUCACGAAUAAAUUAAAACUUUUAAAUAUUA